AUGGCGUCGAUUUUAAAGCACCUUAAGUAUCGUUUCCUGCAGUCGAAAUUGAAUAAAUUGCAUGUGGACUUCAAUGACUUUAUGUGGAUGCCUUUGUUCUUUUAUCGUACAAUUGGGAUAAAACCGUUUCAUUCUUCAAGCUCCAAUGAGAAGACCAGCAUUUGGUUUACGCUAUACUUUGUGCUUCAUUUCGUAAAUCUCAAUUUCGUACUCAUUUGCGAGAUAACCUUUGUGUGGUUGGCAUUUCGUAAUAGUGAGAACUUUCUGGAUGCCUGUAUGACAAUGAGUUACAUUGGUUUUGUGGUUGUGGCCGGUCUGAAAAUCAUUGCCGUCAGUGCGCAGAAGAAAAAGCUACAGAAUCUUGUAGUACAAAUUGAGGCUGCAUUUCCACCAUCGGACCAAGUGCAUCAGGAGAAAUAUGAUGUGGUCACUUAUUUGCGUCAGUGCCGCUGGGUAUCUCAAGGAUUUGGGGGACUUUAUGUGCUCCUGAUUGUUACCUACAAUCUGUAUGCCAUUCUGCAGUAUGUAGUUCCGCAUUAUGUGUUCCAUUCGCCAGAUGCCCAGCAGAUAAUGCCAUAUGUGCCCACAGCCCCAUGGAAUUGGCAUAAUAACUGGAAAUAUUAUAUAACUUAUGUUAUGCAGGGAACUGCUGGUUAUACGGCCACUUGUGGACAUAUCUCAGCCGAUUUAAUGAUUUUUGCAUUUGUCAUUCAAGUGAUUAUGCAUUUUGAUUAUUUGGCCAAGUGUCUUGUAGACAUUAAAAUAGAAAAUGAUUCAACUGUGAAAGGAUCAGCUAGAGAUAUGCGUAACUUACAGAAAUUGAUCGCAUAUCAUAAUAAUAUACUAGGCCUCACUGAUGUCAUGAAUGAUGUAUUCGGCGUUCCAUUGCUACUAAAUUUCAUGGCCUCAUCAAUGGUUGUUUGCUUUGUUGGCUUUCAAAUGACCGUCGGCUUGAGUCCCGAACAAACUAGUAAACUCGCCCUACUCCUGAUUUCUGCUACCUCAGAAAUCUAUUUAAUAUGCUUCUUUAGUCAAGCCUUAAUUGAUGCGAGUUUUAGCAUUAGCUUUGCAGUCUAUGAUAUGAAUUGGACGCCAGCAGAUGGUCCUUUUCGCAAGAUGUUAGUUCUAGUGGCCAUGAGAGCCCAGAAGCCAGUUUGCCUUAGUGCCACUGUAUUUUUAGAUGUCUCAAUGGAAACUAUGAGUAUUUUCUUGAAGAUGUCUUAUCAGUUCUUUUGCGUCAUACGAACAAUGUAUCAGUAA